AGAGGGUACUUCUUUGGAGCGUACAUCAGCAAAGUAGUAAGCUUGAGGUACAUUGAGAGUCAGGAAGUAGUCCUGAUGCAUAAAGCCAGGUUUGCUUUUAAAGGAGCUUUCUUUUCUUUUUAAAGAAAAAAUGCUUGUAGGCGAGGUGGAUUCAGAAUGUGGUGUUACACUGUGGAAAAAUAAGGCUUUUAUUUUGUUUAGUAUCAUCACACACUUUUACUCCAAGACAGUUUUGCAGUUUGUAUUUAAAUCCUCUAACGAUAUGAAUUUGCCUAGAUUGUAAUGGUAGACUAGAACUUGGACUAGACUGUAGCUCUGCAAACUACUUGUCAGAGAUCUGUGCUCUUUUCAGUGAUUUCAGUGGGACUGUACCGAGGGGAAGCAUUCUGCAUGCUAAAGUUUAGUCAGUUCCCAUAGCAGAAGCAGUGUUAUGCAUCUGUUGGUUUGCUGUGGUUAUCAAACAUAAGGCAAAGAUGCUCCUCCAGUCUGCAGUCACAGUCCCCUGGAGAGGGAUAUGUGAAUGGUAAGCCAGGGUCCAUGAAUUGGAAGCCAUCACAUCUGCUAUGGUUACCUUUUCAGAACUCUUGUCAUUAGCAGAGUAUGUGCUGAAAAACGCACAAGUCCCAUCUGUUUCAGUUUUAAGUUACUGUAUAAAAUCUUUUAGGAUACUAAUAAAUAUUACAUUUGCAGACUAGAAGACUAUGCAAGGCUUUGUUGAUUGAAAUUUUUGCCAAGACCUGAAUAAAGGCCUGGGUGCCAAGGCUUCUGAGUCGUCACCCAGUCAUUGAUCAGACGGAGUAACCAAGGCUUUUUUAACUGGAUGCAGAAUACCACCUAAACAUAGCUUUAUGUUAUGCAGGUGCACAGCCUGAAAACCAGCCAAAAAGAAACUGGUGCUCCAAAGUGCCAUUUGUACAGACAGGCUCUGUCUUUUUUGGCAAAAAUUACAAAAUAUGAGAUUAGGUCUCUAAGGUCUUCAGUCAUGGUUCUCAGUACAAUGUGUGUGGAGAGAGAUGAGUACUGCUGGAGAGCAGUUCCUCCUGCCUGUCUGAGAUAGCACCUAGGAUAAGUGUCAGAGACAUGCUGGUUCUUUUUCAUACAUGAUGUGUAAAAUUGUCCAAUGGUAUAUUAAUACGUAAUUUCCUAAUGUUUGCUUGUUUGUUCCUGUGUCAGUGUUAGUGGGACUAACAAGCUUAGAGGACUUGAAAACAAAGGAUUUCCACAGUGUUUUGUAUCUACAGGAUUGUGGCUCUGCACUGGUGUCAGUUCAGAUUUGAAGCAACAUAAUCCCAUUACUUUUAAAAUCAUAAUUUGGCUUUGUGAAAUAAGGCACGAUGGAGGAGAGAUUUAAGGCUGCUACCAAAAAAAGUGUGAAAAUGUAGUUUAAAUGCAGUUUACAGAAGACAAAACUCAUCAGCCAUGAAUAUUGCUGUCCUAGAGUUGGAGAAAAAGAGAAUGCAGGGUCCAAACCCUCAUUGCAGGGAAGUUCUGUUCUAUUACAAAUCUAUGGCUAAUUUACAUAGACUAGAUCACAUUAGUUCUAGACUAACGUGUAGGAAGUACUGUGAACAAUUAGACUAAAUGAGGGAGUAAUAACCUCUUUUGCUUUACUGUCUAGCAUUCUGUUGUUCAUCCAGUGUCAGGACAAAAGGUCAGAUGGAUAAUCUGAUGUAGCCACUACUUCUGGAGACUUAUGCAUGCUUAUGGCUACUGUAGUCAAAUGCAUUUGGUUUUAUCUGACAUAAAUACAAAAGUCUUCCCCUGAAGACUUUGUUUAAGGGAAUACAUAUCAUUAUGUCUCUAGUCUAGACCCCGUGGAAUGUCAAUAAAUUGGUUUGUUUUAACUGAUGGCAAUACAACUUGUGAGAUGGUGACUUACAUAUCUGAUAAUUUGGCUAGAAUAAAUUCCCUGGUAUCUUACUGUAAUUCUCCGUUUCUCUGAUAGCAAACUUUUUUCUCCAAGCUAUGAGACCUUGUCUUCUGCUUUUAGAGAUAAUUUCUCUCAUUAGGUCUGCCUGCAAGGUUGUUGUAAAGUACCUCUAGCUUUAGUGUCAGAGUGGGUUUGGGGAACAUGCCAAGGUAUGUCCAGAUGUCCAGGCUGGCCCUUCCUUGUGAGAGACCUAGACAAGUGUUUGCAUGUAGCUUACAAGGAGUAUCUGUUGGAGGAAACUAGAGUCUGCAAACAAGCCAUCUCAGAAGGGUACAGAAAUAAAACUUACCAUGUUCUGUGCUUUCAGACCAAAGGCUAAGUCUUGAAAAAAUGAUUCCUGCAACUGUUCACACUGUCCUGAGUGCUUUAUAUUUAUGCUGCCACAGAGAGAACUGGGUACACUCGGAGGAGAAGCACAAGAAACACUAAGGACUGAAAUGCCUUGCAGCUAAAGUAUCCUCAUCAUGAAUAGGUACACAACUAUCAGACAGCUUGGUGAUGGGACUUACGGCUCUGUCCUCCUAGGGAGAAGCAUUGAAUCUGGAGAGCUAAUAGCCAUUAAAAAAAUGAAGAGAAAGUUUUAUUCCUGGGAGGAAUGUAUGAACCUUCGAGAGGUUAAGUCUUUGAAGAAAUUAAACCAUGCCAAUGUAGUAAAGCUGAAAGAAGUUAUCAGGGAAAAUGAUCAUCUGUAUUUUGUGUUUGAAUAUAUGAAGGAAAAUCUUUAUCAGUUAAUGAAAGAAAGAAACAAACUGUUUCCUGAGUCUACAGUUAGGAAUAUUAUGUAUCAGAUCCUGCAAGGGCUUGCAUUUAUCCAUAAGCAUGGGUUCUUUCACAGAGACUUAAAACCUGAAAACCUCCUUUGCAUGGGACCAGAACUGGUGAAAAUAGCAGACUUUGGCUUAGCCCGAGAAAUCCGAUCCAGGCCUCCUUACACUGAUUAUGUAUCUACAAGGUGGUACAGGGCCCCUGAAGUCCUUCUGAGAUCCACCAGCUAUAGUUCUCCAAUAGAUAUUUGGGCUGUUGGUUGUAUAAUGGCAGAAGUUUACACACUGAGGCCUCUCUUCCCAGGCGCCAGUGAAAUAGAUACUAUAUUCAAAAUUUGCCAAGUUUUGGGAACGCCAAAGAAGAACGACUGGCCUGAAGGCUACCAACUUUCAGCCUCCAUGAAUUUUCGUUGGCCUCAGUGUGUACCUAACAACCUAAAAACCCUCAUACCUAAUGCUAGCAGUGAAGCGGUGCAACUCAUGAGAGACAUGCUGCAGUGGGACCCCAAAAAGCGGCCAACAGCUAGUCAGGCACUUCGCUAUCCGUACUUCCAGGUUGGGCAUGCCCUGGGCGUUCAGGAACUGGGGAAACAAAAGGAGUUGCAUAAUAAAUCAUCUUUGCAUAUUAAGCCUGUCCCUCCAGCACAACCCCCUCCGAAAUCUCAUGCCCGCAUUUCAUCAAGGCCUGUUCAGCAAAGCCAGCCUUCUCAGCAGUUGGUGUACCCAUAUAAGACAGACACCUCUGGAAUUGAGCACAAUAACUACACACAGGAGGACAAGUCUAACCAAGUUCCUCUGCCUGCAAUUCACAAUAAGGUUCCUCAGCAGAAAACUUCAGCUGGGACUGAGAAUAUAAAUGGUGAACUUAAACAGAAAACUAGGCGAAGAUGGGGACAUCUUGCUAGAACAGUGAAGAGUUCUGAGGACUGGGAUGACUUGGAAGACCUUGAUUUCAGCUCUUCCAUCACAAGGAUGGACUUGAAAAGCAAGAAGAGGCAGAAUGAUGAAACUCUUUGUAGAUUUGAAAGCAUUUUGGACCUGAAGCCUACAGAUCCUGUAGGGUCUGGCAGCAGUGCACCUUCCCACGCAACCUUUCCACAGCAGGACACUCCCACAGUGCGAGUUUCUGCAGCAAAGCAACACUACUUGAGACAUUCUAGGUAUCUUCCUGGAAUAAGCACAAGGAAUAGCACAGUCUCCACUUCAAACAAAGAGUCUGUUCCAUCUAACUCCUGGCCCAGUUCUGGCUUGCUAGGGAAAGCUUCUGGUUUGGGAGGAAGUAUUAACAGGAUGAAUUCAGGGCGCAUAGGUGGUCUAACUAGUGGUUGUAUCCCUUCAUUUCUGAAGAAAGAAGUAGGCUCUGCUGGGCAGAGGGUUCAGUUAGCACCAGUUGUGGAUCCGUCCUCUAAUUAUGCUUCUCUGAAGCCAGUGAGACCCCAUCUAGGACGGCCAUCAUUCAAUUCACCCACGAAAAGCACACCAAGGUUAAUGCCCCUCCUGCCACCAGCUCAGCCCAUCCACGGACGCAUUGACUGGGCUGCAAAGUACGGUGCUCACCGGUGACGGGUGCACAUACUCUCUGAACCACAUUUCCCAUGAAAUGGUGACUCACAUCAGACAAUUUGAUACUGUUUUAUAUACCUGUAAAUUUAAAAGAAACAGAUCUUCUACGAGCGGGACAUUUUGAAGGUUUUUUUUUUUUACUUUUAUUUGUAUUGAUUUGGAUGCAAUCUUGUACCUUUUUGUAUAAAAUAGUUCCGUUAUAUAAUUGGGUCCAGUUAUUUUCAUAAAUCUGAUACAUUUUGUAUAUAUGGCUUAGGGGGUUUGGCAUUUUUGUAUGAUAAAUUUUUAUAACAAACUUUUUUAAAAUUUAACUUUUCCAUAUUAGAUUCAACUUUUUUUAUAAAUGUGAGUAAAAAAAGCAAAGUGGUGCAAUAUUGCAGUGGAAGAGGAGUACUGAGUAAAGGGCAUUCAUUAGACAUUUUCUGAAGUUUAUGUGCUAAAUGAGGCUGUAUAAUUUCAGUGAUGCCACAUCUUGAUGCCACCCUUCUGUUGUCCUAUACUCACUUGCUUUGUACUGACAUCAAAGGAAUGGGUGACUUCACAGUCUACACUCCCCUUUCCAGUCACCGAGAGGCUGCUGAAAGUCAGCUUUUUUAAAAAUUUAUUUUUGCCUUUAAAAGGUUUUUGUUGGAUUGCUCUCCAGCUUUCCAGCUCCAUUCUUUUGCCUUUAUCAAAUGUGGGGAAUCUCCUUGUUUGGUGAAGGGUGAAUACCCUUCUGUAGAUCUGUUUUCUCUUUUGUCCUACUUCAAAGUUGCUUCUUGGCAUUGUUCACUAUGAAAUAGAAUGGGGAAUGGGGACCUACCUCUUUUCAAUUCAUUCAAAUGAUUUCUAAGGAGAAAAAUCGGAUCCUGUUUCUUCUUAUUUUGUUGUUGGGAGUAUAAAGUCACAGAAUCACAGAAUCAUUGUGGUUGGAAAGGACGUCUAAGAUCACCUCCCCUGUUGACCAGGAUUGUUGAUAAAUGAUGGAGAGAGGCUUAGUGAGCUCCCCUGCCUCAAAGGACAUACAUGCUUUUGCAUCACAAGAUGUCUUCCUCCUCCUGAACCAGCCCAGGUACAGGAGUCAGGACCUGGAAGUCUUUGUGACUUUCUUUGAAAUAUACAAUGGAAAGACAUUUGAACUCUUAAAUAAGAAGGCAAAGCUUCGAGUCCUUGAGGAUGGCAAGCAAGCAGGUCUAGGUCGUUGGUCUCCAAGAGAGACAAGUUGGCUGUGCUGAGGUUGUCAUCAGAAUCAUUGAGAUGGGCAGUGCCUGCAGGACAUCUGGGCAGACAUUUACUGGUGAUAGCUCUUCACAUGCCCACACCUGCUUCCAAAUCAUACUACACCCAAAAGGGAGACGGCUUGGCAAAUUUUUCUGGGUGGAUCUGGAGGAAAUAGGAAGGCUGCCGACACAUCCAGUGUUGAUCAGCAGACACGAAUGGAAGGUGCAGGAAUCGGUAAGAGCUCACUGGCUUUGAAGGAAUGUGUCUGAGCCUUAGGGCAGAACAAAUCACACACCCGUUUCCAGGAGGCCAAGCUGAUCCAGGCACUAAGAGACUCGUUCAUAGCAACAAACUCAAGGACCUGUAUGAUAGCAGUGAUUUCUCCAGGCAUGAGUUUGUGUUGAGUACACACUGAGAUAUGCUGACAGAGUGAAAGAGCUCAGCCCUCAUAAUGGAGGUGGUAAAAGAUGCAAAGACAUAUUUCAGUAUUAAUAAUUAGGAUGCUGGUUUCUGAGUAACAAAAUAUGAGUGUCAUGCCAACAGCAGAAUUUAAGGGUACAAUCUCUAUGCAGCUGACUUAGUUUUCACAACUGUUUUAAAUAACUUUUGGGGAAAAAAAAUACAGAGAUUAGUCAGUUUAAGUGUACUUCAGUCCUUCUUCACUUUAAUGCAUCUUCAGUUACGAGGUGAAGAAUAAGUCAGCUUCCAUAAAUUACAUCCCAAAGCCCUGUUGGGAAAUAUGGCACUGUACCUAGUCCUGCUAAAAAAACAUUCAUUUAGAUCACAGCCAGCAUCUGUCUGUUCCUGCCCCUCCUUCCACAGAAGGAAGGUAAAACAGUGCAGUGCUGUGGGAGAGUGUCUCUUACAGCUGCACUAUGGAACAGCACCACCAGAGGUGAAGUGUGCUGUGAAAAUGCAUCUUGCUGCAGAAGUGCAGAGAAGUGCUCACCUUCUUGAGCUCAUGUUAUGAACAGAUCAGGCAAAUCGUAUGAGACUUAAAUCCAGUCUAAAGUGAUCAGAGCAUGUAUGGUUCUCAGCAUCUAGCCAUUUUGAAGGAGCUGAAUGGCUGGUGUGUCAGUGAGAUCCUCUCUCUGGGAUCUUCUGGCUCCUACAAAGGGCAGCCACUGUGGCCUGGAAACUGAUAACACACACUGGCCCUUUCAGUACUUCCCAUGGAGAACAUGUGGGACUUUGAGGAAACUGUACCAUAGAGUAGGCUGCUGGAACAGCACUACAGAAGCUGUGAUGAGUUGUAGGGUCUCCUUCUCUGGAGACUUUCAAGAUCUGUCUGGAUGUAUUUCUGUGUGACCUGCCCUAGGUGAUCCUGCUCUGGUAGGGGGGUGGACUCGAUGAUUUCCAGAGGCCCCCUCCAACCCCUAGCAUUCUGAGAUUCUAUGAUUCUGUUUGCUUUUAUGGGCACAAUCCACUGUGAGACAGUACAAGACAAAAAGGGAGCAAAAGGAUCAAUGCAUUAAAAAAAACUAUGCAUGUAAGACUUGUAUUUGCCAAGGACAUGUUAUGUGUCCAACUACUCCGUUAUUUGUUUAUAGCAAAUAUUCCAAACCAUACCUAACAGCUUCCAAAGCAGUGAUGCCAAUGCAUAGCAAUAAAAUAAAGCAGCCAUUCAGUUUCUAAAGCACGCGCUGAUGGUGUCUUUGGGUAAGUGGAAAGGGAAAUAUGUAUAUUUGAGUUAGAACUGGAAAGAUGUUUCUCUUGGUGGAAAUAAAUAUCUGUAUUUAUGGCUCUAUAUAAUUUAAUUUAUUUUAUCACUGAAUAAUUGGUCUCAAGAGGGAAUACCCUGAACAUAUCCUAAGUAUUAUAGACCUAAGUAGGCAAUUUAACUAGACUGUUCCAUAUACUUAAGUCCUACUGGUGGAAGCAGGAGAUAAGUCAUGAGAAUGGGCUGCUGAGGUGUGGAUUCAUCCUACCUGACCAAAGGCACCUAAGUGUAAGCUCCUUGUUGUGAACUUUAAAACACUAGUGAGUGAGAAUCCUCUCAAGAGAAAUUCAGCUCACCUGAGAGCUUGGUAGCCCUCUGGAGACACCUGCAUCUCUCCACUAAGGAUGGGUACUACUCCAUGUAUUUAAAGUAAUAGAGGAUUAAUCUGAACCUGGCCUUUAAUCUCUCAGCCUUUAUCAGUCUUGUAGUGAUUUUCUUGACUCAGAUUCAGGUUUUGGUCAGUCCAGCCAAAAGAUUAGAAAAAGAAGUAGUACUUUUUUGGUCGUAUCUCCUCCUUUCCCAAAUUAAAGCCUUUACUUUGGAAGAAAAGCUAAUAAUCUUGAUAUUCAGAAUCACUUCUGCUAGUUUUAACUUAGUGGGACAGAAAUUAGCUAAGUAUAAUGGCAGCAUUUGUAGCCUUUACUCAAGCAAAUUCCUGCUGAAGUUGAAAAAAGUUCUUUUUAAGUAGAGACUGAGUUGACUGAGCUAUAUAUUUUACUGUGUUGUCUCAGUGUGCAACACAGAUAGAGAAAAGGUGUAGAUCUUUGUUAUAAUGAAAUCUGGACAAGAGGCAUAUUUGAGAAUUUAUCAUACGUGACCUACUACUUUGUGUUUUAAUAUUUAGCAGCAUCUUUAUGCAAAAUGUUUUUUAGAAUCCUAAUGUUUACAUUCUCUCAGGCUUAUGCUUAACAUGUAAUAAUUACUGUUGGAAGUAAAGGAGCCUGACAGUGGACUUGUUCCCCUCUGAAAUCCAGAUUUUGUAAUAGCGUUGUGCAAGUGUUGUGAUGUUAGCAAAAAACCCACGCCAGAAGACCCAGUUUGAUGUUUCUGUAUCUAAUAAGGCUGUUUAUAUGAGUAGAAUGCUUCAUAUAGGAGGAGCAAAACGUCUUGAAAGAACGUUUUUGAACUCAUGUGGAAGAAGGGGGUAGAAUUGUCAGAGUGAAUAAAGAAGUAACAGUUCUUGUUCAUUCAGUGUUUUUGUUCAAAAAUGUUGCAAAGAUUGGUUUUGUUCCUACAGUGUCAAGUCUCCUGCCCAGAAUAAAGUUACUCUUGAAGAAUUAUUGACUGAAUCUUGAUCUUUUACUCAGUUUUUAAUAAAAGCACAUUCGUUUGGC